CUCUCACACACACACUGUGUAUACAUGGUGUACAUGCCAACUCUCCAGUACUAGCUGGUACAUCCAGUUAUUUGGUGGAAUUUAAGACAUGUCCUGCAUGGAACACAGUGGUUCCCCUUCUCCCCAAACUGCUUAAAUCAUUUCACACCCUGUACUAUCAUUUAUUUGCAGUAAUGCCACAUUGCCACAUUACAGACAGCUUACAGUCAUAGUCUCCCAUUUAUUUCUCUCUUACUUUGUGUGCCAACAACUGUGAUUUAGCCAAAUUUAAGAAUGUGCCAAAUGGUCCUGUAUCAAACCCUAAGUCACGUCACAACCACACACCCCCUUCUCCCUGGCUAGUGCCCUAUAUAAGGGGUGAAACGAUUGAGAGGUCCCAAACAGGAAUACUUGUUUGUAUCUACAGAAGGACUCACAUUUGACUUGACUAUGGCUGGCAGACAGGCAGUGAAAGCGUACUUAGAUCUCGUGUCUCAGGCCUGCAGGGCUGUAUUAAUAUUCCUCAAAGACAACAAAAUCCCACAUACGGUGGAAAACAUUGCGAUACGAAAAGGGCAGCAGAAGACACCAAACUCCAAACUCAACCCUAUGCAAAAACUGCCAGUGCUGGAGGACAAUGGAUUCGUUCUCACUGAGAGUGACGCCAUAUUGAAGUAUCUGGCGACGGCCUAUAACGUCCCUGAGCACUGGUACCUCAAACUGCCAGAGAAGAGAGCGCGAGUGGAUGAAUACACAGCCUGGAAUCAUGCGAACACACGCACACUGUAG